CUGCCGCUGGAGAGUCGUGCGCGUCGCACCCCGUCGGCUUCGGCAACCCCUUUUUCGCGUGACUCCGUCACGUCCGCGGAAUAGUAACGUUCGCUUGCUUCUCGGAAUUUCGUGCCGAUGCAAAUGUCCCCGGCCAACUGGUAGACCGUCUCACCGGAUACCCUAUCUCGCGAGUUCCUCUUCCGGGAUCAUGUAGCCGGAAACCAAACGGCAACGCGUGUCGCGCGAACCCCUAUCUCCAUCAGUGUCGUCGUCUCGUGGUUAACGAUCUCACCGUUGCAAGGUGCGGAAUGUUGAAGUGACCGAUUCGGGCAAUCGGUGGCAAAUGAAGAAAGAGUGAAGAGUAGUGCUGUUCGUUUCCUCUCGUUGCGUGGAUUCGCGUAAUCUCGUUCGCCGACGAGUGGUCAGCCAAGUGUGUGCAAAGAAAUCCUGUGUCCCGGAGUGGCGUCGUGAGCCCUUUUCAACGGAGCUGCGGUUCGGUUCUUCGAGAUUCUGCACGGGAAUAAGGAGGCAAUUCGUGAAAGUGCGUCGAGUAUGAAUUGGUGCAAAGUGCAGGCUGUCGCGAGCGUGGCGAGGAUGCCGUCCGGCUGGAAAAGUGUGCUUUUAUCGGACGUCGAAGCAUGAGGGACGUCGCAUCCUCGACGUAAUGAUGCAGAGAGCGGUGCUACUGCUCUGUUGGCUGCCGCUCCUCAACCACUGCCACGCCGUACAUCCUGGUUGCUCAUGCGUUGUCUACAGCAGCUCAGACAGACCUCAAGGUGGCACAUUUACAUCCCCUUACUACCCCAAACGAUAUCCGUCGAACAUCGAUUGUCUGCUCUAUACGUUCGUCGGCCAACCUGACGAAAUCGUCGAACUAUCAUUUCAUCAGUUUCACAUUCGCCGUGCACAACCUAAUUGCAUGGGUGGUGAUUUUGUAAAAGUGUUUCUACAUUUGGAGACCACUGGUGUUUCCGAGUACACUCCUUGGUCUGGUGUACUUUGCGGUGAACUGCGCGACAUUCCGCAAAUAUUGUACAGUUCAAGAUCUGCGCUUAUUUUGGAACUACACACACAGGGACCCCCGUCGAAUGCGACCGGCUUUUUUGGAAAUUUUCGGUUCAUCGACAGACGAUUGUUCGAGACGGACGGUGUGCUGAUUCCUGGCACGAUGUGCGACCUCGAGUUUGUCAGUUCACAGUCAACACCGCAGUACGGACGAUUCUACUCGCCACGGUACCCGUCCUCUUACCCAAAGAACAUCCGGUGCUCAUACCUCUUCCGGGCAAGAUUAAAGGAGAGAAUUCGAUUAGUUUUUGAAGAAAUCUUUCUACAAAAAGGAGACUUAAGUUGCCUGAAUAGAGCGGAUUUAAUCAGAGUGCACGACGGAACGGAUUCAGGGGCACCCACAAUAGCUGUGCUCUGCAACCAAGGAGCGGAAGUGGAAGUACUCAGCACGGGGCCAGACCUGUACGUUGAGUUCGUCGCUAAUUCAGAGUGGCCGGGCCAGGGAUUCAAGGCGAUGUUCCAAUUCCAACCAUUGGACGAUGCACCGCAUCCUGAGCUGGACAAGGUCAUCCCAGGGGCCGUUACCGGUAACCCCAAGUACUCGGUCAUCGGACCAGCUGUCAGCGCUACGACGUCACUGUGCGACAUGGUCUUCAGCAGUGACACGACGAAAACUGGGAUAGUCACGUCGCCAGGAUAUCCAAAUCCUUAUCCAUCCAGAACGCACUGUACAUAUGACUUCAAGGGACGCGGCAAAGAACGGGUCCAAGUGAUUUUCCAGGAUUUAAAUUUGUAUCAUACGCCCGAUCAACCGAACGAGUGCAACGAUGUGGACUCGUUAAUAGCAUACGUGCACAUAUACGACAAGAAGGAGAAAAUAGAUUCGUUCUGCGGAGGAAUGCCGUCACGACCUGUCAUGAGCAGCGGACCACAGCUUUCCUUGGAAUUCAACGGUAUCACGUCGUCCCGCCAUUUUCGAGGUUUCAAAGCGACAUACACUUUCACCGAGAACUUCGGCAUAACUACAGGCCGGCAGGAGGCGAAAUAUCCCUGUGCCUUUGCUUAUAACAGCAACGAGACACGGAACGGUACGUUCACGUCACCGAACUAUCCUGGCUUUUACCCACGUGACACCGAAUGUCACUAUUUCUUUAAUGGCCAACCGAAUGAACGAGUCCUCCUUCAUUUCCACUUCUUCGACAUCGAGGGAGUAAUACCAUGCGACGGGGUGUCUGCGAGCGACUUCGUCGAAUUUUCAAAUUACGUGGGCAGGGACAGGAAGUACCCGAGGCGAUGUGGUCAGCAGAAGGAGUUCGACGUAGCGAGCGAUAAAAAGUUCUUUCGUGUGACUUUUAAAAGUAACGACAGAUACGACGGAACGGGAUUUAACGCUAGCUACGUGUUUGUGGAUGAAGAAGUAAAUUAUACAACAAAGCCACCAACGAGUAACACGUCAACGUUAAAAGAUGCAUCGUUAUUGGUGUUGCUGCUCACGAGUCUGCUGUUUGGUCAAGUUUCACUUUAAUCACGAUGAGUAACUAGUUGAACGGGUCUUGGCUCAAUUUACAACGAACUCUAACUUCGAGGGCUGGAGCCAACCAAAAUCUUCCAUCAUCUGAUACACCGAGGAAAGUGGCUACACUGUUUGCGUCAUUAAAAUUGCCAAAAUGGACAGCGAAGCCGAUCUUCUGAUCAUACGGAACAUCGUAAUUCAUUUAUUAGGCUCAUUAAUGCGCUGAUAUGACGACGGUUCGAUCUCCAUCAUCUUGCGACCUCCCCAUAGAGAAAUAUAUUGGCAAUAAAGUAAUCGAACUUACCAAGGGAAAAUUCUCGACAAGGAAAUUUAAAGGACGAUCGAGCUUCCAGAAUAUAUAUUGAAGUAAACACCUUAUACUAAAGAUUAUACAAUUUCUUUAGUAUUUACACUUGAUUUGAGAAAAACACGUUAACCUCGAAAGCGCUCAGUUUUCAUCUUAAAUCUAUAAUUUAUUCAUAAUAGCAAUAUGUCUUACGAAAAAAAAUAUAUAAUUCAAACAAGUUUAUUCGUAGAUUGUUACGUAGCUUUCCUUCACAUUUUACAAUCGAUUGUUAAUAAAAUUAAAUUAGAAACAUAUAAUGAAAGCUCACAUUCUUUAAGAAUAAUGUCACUUCUUUUCAGUCACUCCGAUAACUGCCUAUCAAAUAGUCCUAACGUUUCCAUGAGUUCUUAGGUCGACUAAGAACAUGAUCUUAUUCUUUCAUUCCUUGCCGACCGUACCAAAUAGAUCUAUUUUCCAAAAUUUAUUCCAAAUUCUUCGAAGACAUUUUUACACGAAAAAGAACUUGCUUACAACCGACCAAAGUAUACUGUACACUUAACUGAAAGAUCUUCGUAACCUUUUUCGUUUUCGAGUCGAGGAUCACCCUACUAGUGUACUUAAUUAACACAUUGUUGACCGGCUAUUUUAAAAGUGAAACAAUGUAGUUAAAUUUCAAUAUACUUUAUUUAUACACAACGAAUUGAAAUGAAACUUUGGACAUAUGUUUUAUAUAACUUUAAAUAUUUUUUUCUCGUGAUUUUCUAUAUUACCCUGUGUUUCAAAAAUUGAAAUAGCUAAUGCAAGUGCAAACACGAGUUAACUGAUGACUGGUCAACAAUGUGUUAAUAUCACCAACACGUGCACAGAGAAAAUAUUACGCGUGUUGUAUAUGAAAUAGGUCAGGGAUGCGUGGGUAUCCGAUAGUUCAGAUUCGCGUGGGGCCGAAAAAGUCGCGUAGAAUUGAACGAAUACCCAGAAGUUCUUCCUACCUACGACUUUUCGAAAUUUCGAAAUACUGUAUUUCGGCAUUUGAUUCCAGCUUGCGUUUCAAAUGAAUCGUAUCGCUUUCAUAAAAUGGAUAUUGGUGUAUCAGCUUUUCCAGACAAUUUUAAUUCACUAUGCAAAUAUGGACAUAAAAAUUUUCACUUUUUCUGUUUUUCACACUGUUUUUCACAACAGAAUAAUAUUUGUAAGAGAUUUAUUUGGUUAUAUUGUAAAAACUGUUUAUUUGUUAUUUAUUACCUUUAUCGUCUUUAUUGUCUUUUUGUAUCUUCUCGUUACUAUCGAAAUAUUUUUCUGUAUAAAAUGAACAUGAUAAAUUCUGGAGAAAUUAAUUUUCUUCGAAUAAACCCUACCUUACCUUUCAUUUUUAUUUCAAAUAUUUUUGAUAACAAUGAUCUUGCAUUUUUCAAACUAGUACUAAAUUGUCUAGAAAAGCAGGAUGUAUUAAUGGCCACGUUUUAAACACUCAAGAACAGAGUUUUAAAUCGAAUCUCGUGUACUCGAAAGUUUCAGGGUCCUGAGCAUUCGUAUGUAGUAAAACAUGCUUGGCUUUUUUACGAUCUCGCGCGACCUUUUUCAACCCAACGCGAAACACGAGUACCCAAUGUAUCGGACUACUAGCGCAUCCCUGGUCAUAGGAUAUAUCUAUGAUUUGUUGUAGCGUGAAAUAUUCGAAAGUGAUGGAUCACUAAUGUUUUUUCUUCUUGUACGGAAACGAAUUUAUUAAAUCGCUCUAACCUAUCCGUUCAAAGAAUUACUGGAAAGUCAGACGUACAAUGAACGAAAAGACACGAAAAUUUGCCUUCCUAAAUACACGAUCCGCUACGGACACAUUUAUUAUUACAUCCUCUAUACGACUGUGAUGUUUCCAUUCCUUCUUAGUUGAUUAGAAAAACGUAUACUACAAGUCUGAUUAUACGCGACAAAAUAUAGAUAUUCAUAAAAAAAUGAAUAGUCGGCCAAACUGUUACGGGAAACCGGUCGAACGCGAAGGAUUUAAUAAGGAUAACGUUUUACGGCCGAGGUUUUGAUACGUUUAAAUAUCGAAGAGAGUGUCGUAACCAAGAAUCGAUGUGAAUACAGCGAGAAAAAGUAAUUAACUGAAUUUAAUUGAAGUAUGUGUGUAGAUGUACUGGCGUAUAGAAGUACGGAGCAUGUUAUCGAUUUGAAAACAAAGUAUGUUUCAACAUUUUGACAGUCAAUGUCGCAGACAUGAUUUCCGUCAGCGAACGAUUAUCAGUUAUUGUUACAAAAAUAUGUCUUAUUUACUUAUAAGUCAUAUUUUAUCAAACUCUUUUUAACUUUAUUUUUAAUUAUUUAAUUUUAGCUAUUUAGUGGAACUAAUUGUUAUCUUUAUUUUAGUUUUAUUAUCUUUUAAAAGUUGUUUAAAAACAACGAGUAUGUUUGCUUUAGUAGAUACAAAAGUUUCAGACAGUAUUGGCAUUAAAUGUGAAAGUAUAAAAUAAACAGAUGCGCGAAUGAGUAAAAUUGACUAUAAAUUAGUCAGUUUAUAGUCAGUUAAAUUUCACCAUUAUGAUCGUAACAUAUGUUUCGUUUGUAGAAAAAUAAUCUAUUGCUAUUUAAUAAUAAGUAAUUCAAAUAGUAAUUAAUGCUCCGAACUUUUGAACGGUAGUAUAUAUGUUUGGUAAAUGUAUUGUCUUGAAAAUGGUUGCCAAUCCGAAAGAAUGAUAUUAAAAUAUUUAAAGACAUCGUAAUGACGUUUACGACCGAUCGAGAUAAGAACAGUUUUAAUGACAACCACGAAAAUAGUUUGAAAUAAUUUUCCGUAAAAAGGGUAUGAAAACCAUAAAAGCAUUUUCAUUUUAUAACACAAUAAAUAUUCACUGAGAACUGUGUAAUGUUACCUCUCAAAGAACGAUAUUUUCAAUAACUAUUAACACUAAAAUUACCAGACAGGUCAAAAUGAACCGUUCCUGAUGUCUUCCUUUUGAAAUUAUUAAAAAGAUAACAGAUGUUCCUCUAAAACCUAUUUAAGGAAAUUGAGUUAGCCAUACGAAAACUAAAUUGUAAACCAAUUAAAGUCUCAAUAGAUGCAUUCUUGGAAUGUCUAUAAAGGAAUUUCAAAAAUUCAAUUUAACUGCUCAGUAGUUUUAGUGUUAAUAAUGAAAAAAUCUUAAUUUCAAAUGAAAAACUCAUGUAAUAAUGCGAUAUAAUGAGUAAUGUGUUACAUGUUUUAUACAAAUUUCUAUAUUCAAAAUUCUAUCAUCUGUUGAAGACGCAAUCGAGAAAGAUAAAUGUUUAACGUUCGACAUAAGAGUCAGCAAAGCUGUACCAAGAGAUGCAUCAGUGCCGCUUCAGCUGGGCAGAAAGUCAUUAACGUCAGAGUUAACGAUAGUUCUGGAGAACUUUAUCGCACAAAGAUCCGCCACUUUCCCAGAAAAUUAUUUCAAACUAUAAACUUGCGAACUAAAACCAAGCCCACUUUCUCGAGCUUAUCGCGGCAAGCGUAACAGCAACAAGAGUGGUGUAGUUUUUACAAUUACGACAUCUAACAGUCGAGAAAUUUGUUGAUAAAGUACGCGAUGCGUAACGAAAGCAAACAUGCGCGGGUGAUAAGGAAAGAAAAAUAAAACCAAAAAAAAAUAAAUAAGUAAAUAAAAGAAAAAGAAAAAAGACUAAAAGAAAACGACCAUCGUGAACGUUCGAGAGUUAACCGCGGAAGAAACGAUCUACCAAGAAAUACAUUGAAGAUUGAACUCUUGCGAAUUCAAUAUCAAACACUGUGUAUCCAGUGAUACAUAAGAAUAGGUAGCAAUACUGUCAUUGUGUACGUUAGACUACUGUGAAUAUUCUUUAAUAGGUUUAUAAUACGUUGACUAUUUCUCCCGAGUUUCGAAUUAAUUUAUAAAUGAUAGUGUGACUGUGCAAGUAAGUACGAUUAUGAACGUCAUUGAGCGUGUGAAAAGAGUAAAGGGGGCGGACUGUGCGAUGUAUAUGAGCAGUUAUAAAGCUUGCAUUCAUUGUUAUUUAUAUGUUGUCUAUAAGAGAUGAGAAUGACAGAAACACUAUUAGGAAGUUGUACACCCAAAUCGGCACUAUAAAAUGCUUACAUGUAAGUAUUCACAUUGUAAAUACUGUUAUAUCUAAUCUGUUCGAGCUGCUGUCACUACAUACGUAGUUAUACCGUUUUAUUCCGUACCGAUAAGCUCAGAUAUAACGGAGUUAACUGAAACAGCAGAAUGGCAAGUCGUAGCUUUGGUCGUUCCAACUUGAGUCUACCUAAUUAUGUAUGUAUGUACCUUUCGUGCAGCACUGUAUUUCGUGUUUGUAUUUAUUUACGGCGACGCGUCGGAUAAAUUAGUUUGUUGCCCAUUGCCCGAUGAAAUUAACCUGUUGAUUGUAUUAGUAAUUAAGCGUUGAAUGCAGCAAAAUUCGAUAUGCAGUAACGCUCGCUUAAAUACCAUGAUUUCGGGUCCCAGCAGGGGAAUUUAACCGAGUAAAAAAAGACAGGAGGAAGCUAUUUGCUUUCAGGAAUUGACUCGAGCACAGCCUGACAAAGGCAAAGAAUCAAUAUAGUGAGUGGAAGUGGCAUAGAUACAGUCCGUCGAGCAUCGAAGGUCGAGACGCGGUACUUCAAAGCGACGCCACACGCGUCAAAUGUAAAUAUGCAGUGAAGAAAAUUUCAGUUGCAGUAACUUCAACCUUACCUUCUCAAAUGUAGUGCCAGUGAAUUUCUGAGACUUUUGUAAUUAAAAUAAAUUCAAAUACGAUGGAAAUCAGACUAGUUUUACCGACUUAAUGUAAUUAACGAAAUUAAAGGCUCAUUUGCCCCAAAUCAAUAAAACUAGAACGAUUUACGUCGUGUUUGCGCUCAUUUUAAUGAGAAGAACCUCAACAUUCCAUUUGUACCACGAUUGAGAAGGUAAAGUUAAAAUUCUUGCAAUUGAAAUUUCCUUCAUUGUAUGUUUAUACUUAACGCGUGUGGCAUCUCUUUGACCUGUGCCUGUCUCUAUUUCUCUCACUGUAUUCAUUUUCUGUCCCUGCCUACUGGGAUCACGUUACACUGAGCUCUAGCAGUGAGUAGUGGAGGAAGAAUAGGGAUGGCGCAAUGCAAUUAAGCCGAGCAGAUUUCUGUGGAAUUUAAGCGAGCAUCACUGUACGUACAUACGCGCUCUCGAAUAUAGCCACGGAAAUAUUUGAUUGUCGUUGCGUAGAAAUAAUUUGCCACGAAACACUUCGGUUCGCGAAUAUCGCUACACUUUCAUGCGUUCUAAGAAUGAUCAAUGUGUACAAGGACGACUUAAUUAGCUGAAUAGUUACUAAAAACCUUCAACCUCUCGGGAUUUAUGACUCAACGAGCGCUCCGUGAUUAGGCAGGAAGUUCAGGAGCGGCCUAGCAGCAAGUUCCUGAAUCCAGAAAACAAAACGAAAGGGAAAUAAAAAUAAAUGAAGUUUUAUCCUUACACGACGCACGUUACUGAGAUCCAGCGUGUUAUCGAAGUCGCGCCUGGGGCGCUUCACACUUUGUCCUGCGGUUAAAACUACUCAAAAGCAUCGUAGUCGUGCUCCGGGCAAACCGAGAACGUUGAUCUGAGCAUCGACUACGGUAUCCGCUAUCGGCGGAUGUAUUUUCUUAUUCUGUUUUGAGGCUCUUGCCGAUCAUCUCACCCAUAAGUUACUGAACUGUAAUGCAAUCAUCGUUACUGUCCUAAUAAAUCUUAGUAUAUGAAUCCAUAUAAAAUGUACGAACAUUCUUUUUUCAAUUAGACAACAAUAGAAUUUCCAUAGCGAUAUUUGUGUUUGAUAAACAUUUAUUCUCAAAUUUCUUUGUAGAUUUGUUUCUCCUAUCAUCUUUUAGUUAACCUUACCAGAAUUCCGAUAAGAGAUUAUGCAUCUGGAGUAAUUCACGCUUAAUCAAUAAAUUUAACGAAUAAAAUUAAGAAUUACUGUAGAAUAUUAAAUUGUCAUUUUACGUACGCAACUAUCCCCAGUAUAAUAUACAUUUUUCUUCGAAAUUUUAAUCCUUUGAAUGCCUAAUACCGAUGUAUCACGUACCACUCCUUUAUACAUUUGUGAAAAUUUCCAGGAGCAAUACAUCAUAUUUUCAUGAACAUUUUUCUUUAAUAUUUAAUUUUUCUUUACAAAUCUUGUAAAUUUAUUAUUUAUUUUAUUAGUAAUGAAGGACAUCUAAUAUGUAAUUAAAUAGUUUUGCAUAAAAAUUUAAUUAACUUUAACUCAGGAUUAACCAAAAUAUAAAUUUUUUUCUACAACCAUGAUUUUUGCUUAAAUCAUCUGCCAUUUUUCGUAAAAGUAUAAAAGGACGACGCUGUGCUGUUUACUCUAGAUUACUAACCUUCAAAUUGAUAAACGACGUCGUUCGUGCGCCAUAUUUUAGGAAUACCAAAGUGUAGAGUUUUCUUCUUUCUUUUUCUCAUGUUGUACAGGUAUAGCAAUUUUCUACAGGAUUUAUCUGUGAUUCUGUUAAAUGAUAGUAUUGCAUGUACACCCAUCCCUUCAUUUACGCGGUAAAUUAUAACACUAGUUACGUGUGUUGUUGAUAUGCGAUCUGAAUUUAGUGACACUGAAUGAAAUUUACUUUUAUUUUCUGAAAUGUCAUUAAUAUUAUUUUUGUUAAACUAUGUGAAAUAAAUAUGUAUUUCUAAAAUUCAUACCAGCUUUCCUUUCCAAUAUCUUCUUUUCUUCUGUACCGAUAGACUGUAUUUAA